AUGGGCAAGACGUCCGGCGGCCGGCCCGACCCAGGAGUGCGCGCACACAGACUUGCUCAUAGAAGGGACUCAGGCAUAUCUUGGGGCCGUCGGGCACGGGGCGCAGGCGCGCGCACGGGCGGCGUGUCCGCAGGCGCGGGCGCGUGGCGGCGGCGCGAGCGCGCCCCGCAGCCGCGGAGGCCCAUGGAGAUCCUUACCAGCAUCUAUGCGCUUCUGUCCGGUGGGCAAGGGGUGAACCCGAAGAUUGAUUCCGUAGCAUUCCGACUGCACUGCGGUGCAACCACCGCGGCGUUGCUAGCGGCGAGCGCAGCUUUGACAACGCGCCACCUGGUGGGCAACCCCAUCGACUGCAUACACACGAGGGACAUCCCAGAAGACGUGCUAAACACCUACUGCUGGAUCCACUCCACCUUCACGGUGGCGGGCGAGGCGGGGAGCACGGGCGGCGCGUACCCCGGCGUGCGGAGCGCCGGGACUUCGCCCCGCCGGUACGGCAAGUACUACCAGUGGGUCGCCUUCACGCUGUUCUUUCAGGUCAGUGGUUUCUGGGAUGUUCUAGAUGAUUCUAGCGGUUUCUAG